AUGAUGUAUUGUGUUGAACCAAAUAUUGGUGUUUGCUCAUGUGAAGCAGGUAUUCAUGGACAAUUUUGUAAACACCAAUGCAUAAUUUAUAAAUAUUUUAAUAAAAUUGGAGUUAAUUUUCCUCCAGUAACCAUAGAAGACAAAUACUUUAUAGCAAAACUGGCAUUAGGUGAAAAAGUACCAAAUAGGACAUUUUAUGAGGGCUUAUUACCUACAGAAGUAAUUCAUGAACAGUCACUUGUAUCACAUGACUUUCAUCAAGAUAUUGAUUAUGAUGAUGAAGCAAAUAAAAAGAGUUCAACAGAAAAUCCCAAGUUAGAACAACGUAAUUGUUUAUCCAUAUUAGAUGAAAUUACUCAACAAAUGUCUAAUAAAAUAAUGAAAUAUUAG